AUGUCUUCUAUCAGCGUUGUUUGCACUGUUAUGCGCACGAUUAUCGCUACACGCCGUGACCAGGAUUACGCAGGCUUUGUCGCCCCUGCUGCUGUAACCGCCGAGACCCUCGAGGACGUCGAACCUCACACUCCUUCCGAGGCCGAGCCCGCUUCACUUGACACCCAGGUCGUACAGUUGAGCGCCAAGAACAAGCUGCUGGACAGCCAGGCAUUUGAAAUGGUGACCACUCAUGCUGCGGCCGAGUCCUCCCUGUGCCACAUUGUUAAGGCAACCGAUGGCCUCACCAUCAAGGCUUUCACCCGUCCUAAAAUGCUGCGUGUCAAAGUUCAAGCCCUGCGCCACGUCUUUGAUGUGACUGAUGCCUAG